GUGCUGACUGUUGAUUUUCCCCCUUUCCCCUGAGGAACCGAUUGUAAGGCCAGGGACGGUGGUGUCCAGUCGAAGGCCCGCAGAAAGUUAGGCGCCUGCCCUGGGACUCUCGAUGCCACAUGCAAUAUGUCAGAUUAUGAAGAUGACCCUGCAGUAUUUUCCAGUGAUACAUUGCCUUCUGACCUCCGUUUUAUGGCAACAGUUGCCAAUGGAUACCUUGGCACUAGAGUGUAUGGUAAUGUAAUGCAUAUUAAUGGAGUAUAUAAUGGUGCAAAUGGUGACAGCUGUCGGGCAGAUGUACCAUCUCCUGUUAAUGUCAGACUGAGCAUACCUGAUGAGAGAACGUUGAAAGAAACCUACACUUUGAAUACAAGGAUAGGUGUGUUUAGCUGUAUUAUAGAGACACAGAAUUUCAGGAUGAUCCAGCAGAUAUUUGCCCAUCGCACUCAGAUUCAUCUCAUGGUUCUCACCAUAACUUUGGAGCGAUUAACCAUUUCCAAGGAGCAGUGUACAGUCCAGAUAAAAUCGUCGUUUGUUCCCCACAGCCAGAAUAUUGACUUUGUGAGUGGACCAGAUUUCAUGGGAGCAAAGUACAUCCAUGGACAGACUCUUACCCCAGAGGUCAAAGGGGCUGCAAGACAAAGUGUUCACAUGAUCUCAGUGCCACUUCCAGAGUCGCUGACUCUGUUGCCAGAGCAGCAGAGAAACUCCUGGUUAUUUUUGACUGCACUGGCCAGCACAGAAGAGCAAGUGAAGGCGUGUUUUAUGGAAGGACAAAGCCUUAUCCAAUUAGAUCAACUGUACUCUUCGCAUGCAGCAGCAUGGGCUGCAGUAUGGAAGCAGAGCUGUAUCAGUGCUAAAGGCUGCAGAAAGUUAAACAAGGCUCUGUAUGGGUGUCUAUAUUACCUGCUCAGUGCUCUUCCCCCUCUGACAUCUACUGACUUCCACUAUGUAGGAUUAAGUCCUGGAGGUCUCUCCAAUGGGGGUAAAGGAGAAGAUUACCAUGGCCACAUUUUAUGGGAUCAGGAAACCUGGAUGUUUCCAAGUAUACUUGUAUUCUAUCCAGAGCUGGCACGCAUCCUCCUGAAGAAUCGUGUUCAAACACUUCCUGCUGCAAAGAUCAUUGCGGGACAACAAGGAUAUAGGGGUGCCAAAUACCCAUGGGAGAGUGCUGUGACUGGAUUUGAGGUCUGUGACGAAGUUGUUUAUGGACUAAAAGAAAUUCACAUCAGUGGUGACAUCUCAUUUGCAUUUCAGCAGUAUUUUUACAUCACCCAGGACCUGGAGUUUUUCCAGAAGGAUGGGGGUUGGUAUGUGGUCAACAGCAUAGCUGAGUUUUGGAGCAGUCGAGUUACUUGGAACACGUUGGAGGAGUGUUAUGACAUUAAAGGAAUAAUGCCACCUGACGAAUAUCAAUCUGAUGUUACCAAUUCUGCCUACACUGCUGUGGUGGCCAAGUACAGCCUCCAGUUUGCAACAGAAUUGGGAUCACGUUUAAAAGUUACAGUUCCAUCAAAAUGGAUGAAAAUAGCUGAGAAAAUCAAAGUGCCAUUUGACCCUUUGAAGCAGUAUCAUCCUGAGUUUGAUGGAUACAAGUCAGGGAUGGUUGUGAAACAAGCUGAUGUUGUGCUGCUAGGUUACCCACUCAUGUAUCCCAUGAGUUCUCAGGUGCGGAAGAAUGACCUGGUGAUGUAUGAAGGUGUGACAGCUCAGGAUGGACCUGCCAUGACCUGGAGUAUGUUUGCGAUCGGUUGGCUGGAGCUGAAGAAUAUUACUCAGGCUCAGCAUCAAUUCAACAAAUGUUACAGUCACAUUCAGGAACCAUUCAAGGUUUGGAGUGAAAAUCCAGAUGGAUCAGGAGCUGUGAACUUCCUGACAGGAAUGGGUGGCUUCUUGCAGACUGUGCUAUUUGGUUACACUGGCUUCAGGAUAAUGAAAAGCUACCUGUGUUUUGAUCCCAUAAUCCCAGAGGAUAUGGGUGAGCUAUGGAUUACUGGAAUUAAGUACCUUGGAAAUGAACUACAUUUUCAAUUUUCGACACAGCAAGUCACCAUUGUUUUGAUAAGGCCUUGUGGGUUUCAGCACUCGGCCUUGGAAGUUGUUUUAAGCGAUUCAGGAAAGAAAUUUGCUUUAAUCAAAGCAAUCGAUACAUAUCAGUGUUGGGACAGCAAUGGGUGGAAUUUAGUGAAGAUCAUUGGAGCAUGCAAAAAUGGUGGAUAGUCCUAUGGAAUCAUAUGGGAGGAUUCCCAACUGAUUCUCAGCUGCAGUAUCAUCAAGUGUAUGGUGGAAAGGAUGCAAGGUGACAGCCAUCCUCUAAUAGCAGGAGUAAUUAACCUUCUUUCGUCAGCACCUUAAACCUAAUUUGCUUGAACCUCACUAAAAUCUUUAUGGUAAUUUCCUGGAUUUGUAAGAGUCUGCCAUGCCUUCAGAAACCUGAUCUGUAAAAGCUGGCAGUUUACAAAUGGCUUCUCUGUCUUACUGUGCAAAUGGACCUGAUUUUCCGUAGAGUUCCAGGGCUGAGCUCUGAUCCAUCCAAACAUUGGAGCAGGGAGGAGUGCCUCACCUCGAUUUGUCUACAGUUUGCACAACAUUCACUCGGGCUCGCCCUUGUGAGGUGAAGGAGGUCAUUCACUUUCUUCCUGCACUGGACCCAGUCUUGCUGCUACACAUCACAAUUGCUUACUUCCAUUCUACUUCUGGCCAAGCCUUGUGGUUAGCUAGGAAUGUUUUACGUUGAUUGAUUUUAUUGUUGUCACAUGUACUGAGAUACAGUGAAAAGUGUUGUUUUACAUGCUAUACAGACAGACCGUACCGUAUCAAGUGCAUCAGUGUAGCAGAACAGAGUGCAGAAUAUAGUGUUACAGCCACAGAGAAAGUACAGAAAGAGAGA